CUGCCCCGCCACGGGGGGCGGGGUAGCACGGCCCUUCCCGCUCCGCCCAUGGCGUGGCGGGGAGAGGGGCCGGCGCUGCUGCUGCUGGCGCUGGUGGGGGCGGGGGGCGCGGCCCCGCCGCCAGGUAGAAACUGUAGCGUUUUGCGGGAAAUGGAUGUCAUCCAGGAACAGGAUGAAAAUUGUUAUUGCUAUGUGCAAACCAGAAACAUUCGCUUACAGUACGUUUAGUCGACUCUUUGGGUAAAAAUUAACAGCAGAGAAAUGUUCACGUUUGAGCCUAUUGCACAAAAAAGCAACUGUCGCAAUUCAGAAACUGUUUUGGAGUUUGUUAUGUGUGCUGUUCAAAUCUUCUGGAAACCAGAAACAUCUACAGAAACUUUCAUAAGCAUAAAACAAUAUGGAGAGGAUAUUUGUUUCAAAAUACAGCCCUUCAAAAAUGAACCAUACACCGUGAGUGUGAAACGAGAAAUGCUAGAUGGAAAGCUCCUGUUUUUGUUUGUAGCUGGAAUUUUUCUGUAUCAUUUUGCAAACAGCCUGACCAGGAGUGCCAAGUUCUUUUACCUUUCUGGAAUAAUACUGGGUGUUCUUGCUCUGUUAAUCUUUGUCCUGUUGACACUUAAAAGGUUUAUUCCAAAGCACAGUACCUUCUGGAUCUUAAUGAAUGGCUGCUGGAUGUCUUCUCUCUAUUUUAUUUACUGCUUCAAAGAGAAUAUGCAGUGGUUGUGGUCUGAACACAGAAACUACUUGUUGGGGUAUUUUCUGGCUGUUGGAAUUACCAGCUUUGCCACUUGCUAUUAGCAUGGACUGCUUACCACUGAACUGAGCAUAACCUUGUUCACGUGGACAUUACAAUUAACAGCCUUUGUCUUGAUAUAUUGUGGUGUGACCAUACCUCAAGUUGCGUAUGCAGUAAUAGCAGUCAGCCUCUGCUCAAAAGGCCUGUGCUACCCCCUUGGUGCCGCCCAUCACCUGAGCAGAAAAAUGAAGAACCACUUUAAAUCGAAACAGCUACUGUUUAAAUAUCUUACUGAAGAGGAGUAUCGAGAACAAGGUGAAACAGAAACUAUCCGAGCUCUGGAGGAGCUACGCUCAUUCUGCAGGAACCCUGACUUCCCAUCAUGAUUAGCUGUUUCCAGACUCGGGUCUCCAUAUAGGUAAGAAAAUCUGUUCGAGGUGCAUUUAUCUUUUGCGCAGUCAGACAUGUGUGGUUUUAUCUACUUGGGUAAUCCCACUAAAGAUCACAGCCACACCUCUCAAGGGCAUUAACUGCUGGUAGUAUUAACCCCUCUGUUUGUUCCUCUCUGGCCAUGAAUUUCUCCAGGUUUGCAUAUGUUCACAGCUAAUUCAUGUUAAAGGGAGCUUCUGCUAAAACACUGAGGCUUCCUACAGUGACACUGCAAGCUCUUACGCUCUUACACAGCAACUCGGUGGCUGUGUAACUAGAGAGAUGCCCCUCUCUCCAGUUUUUAGAAACACUUUUUCAUUGUGUAAAAUCGGGACAGGCUGAAGAUAACAUGCUCAAGUUUACCUGCGACUCCAACUGCAUCCCUGCACAGCCAAGAAAUCCUAUUACUUGAAGUAUCAACCAGUAUCUAAGACUAAGAAUAUAUAGAAAAAAAAACAGUGCCUGCACCUAAGAAACAUAACAGGUAGAGCUACUGCAAACAUUAUUUAAAAGACAAACUUAAGAGAAACAUCGGUUAGGAAGACAAACGCAGGCAGAAAAUACUGCAGAAUAUAAAUUAAUAAUGGUGGCCUAUUUCUUUCAAAAACAAGACUUCAAGAUUUCAGAAGCAGAGUUUCAUAUAUUACUCAGCCACAAGGACCUGGCCCUCACAACAGAACCAAGUAUCACAACUUCAGAGCAGUCCCAGUCAGCUUGUAAUUUAAUCAAUAAAAACUUAGAACUAGUUUCAGAACCUUCAUCUUCCUCGGAUGGGCACACAGAUAGCCCCUCUGCCAGGUUUUAUAGAUUUACUGUUAAACUAUCUUUAUUGUCUAAGAUACUUGCAUUCUGUUGCAUGAUUGAAAGAUUAAAAAACUAAAAACUCACCGCAGUAUUGCAAAACCAAAUACGACCAAAUGCAUAAAACAAACAAUUGAGACACACAUAUAUCCCAGCCAUCACUUGCUAAUGUAGUUCUUAUCAAGUGUUCAUUGUAAAAGUACAGAAAGGAAAAGGAGAACCAACAGAAGUCCGAUUUAAAGCUGAGUGCCUCUUCAGGCUUCCAUGAAGCACCAGAAGAUCGUUCAACACAAGGCAAAUGUGUAAAACAGCCAGUCCAGAGCUGUUCCCCAUUUAGAGUAACAGUGCUUCCAAGAAGAGUGAGGUGACAACAUUCAUGUUACAGAAAUGUUAAGUCUAAAAUGUAAAUUAUUGAUCGAUUUACCAGAACUCCAGAAUGUAGCUGCAUUUCCUUUUUCUUACAUUUCUCUGAUGCUGUCGACACUUACCCAGGUGUCAGAACUGCCGUCUGUUUCCACACGCUUCCCAGAAACCUCAAGCACUACUCUCUCUCUUCAGUGUAGCUGCCCAUCGAGAGUAGGAUGUGCAGCAAAUUGAAAUGCAGGGAUAGAUGGUCAUGCCUUGUUCUGCCAGACCUCCAGUUUGGCAUUUACUUGGAGCAGCUGCAGAAUUCUCAGUCUGCAGCCCAAGUUCACCAAAGGCAGGAAUUCUUUGGCAAGACAUUAGCUCAGCUUGCCCAGAGUGUGCAUGCAGCACCAGAAGCAAGGCGAUAGCACAGCAAUGUAGGAAUGCAGACUUCUCACCAGUUUUCCUUUCGUUAGCAAUGUCAUCUUACUGACUUCUACAGCCUUUGUCUUAAAUACAGCUUUAUUUUCAGAAGCUAAAGUGCCAUCUCUCCCAACUGUACAAAGGCUUACCCUGGGUUACCCACAAGUACUGAAUACAGAUGUGAAAACCAAUGUAGGUCUUCCUGCUUAGUCACACAACCUUGCAGAUGGCCUCCAGAAGAGCAAAAGUUACUUACUUAGAGAGACUGAAGAUAAGGCAGGAAAACAAAUAAUCUGUUGUGAUUACUCUGUUGUUGAGAACUCACUAGCUCAUGCUGCAGCUUUCCUCCAUCUGCACUGCUUGUGGGCACCUCCUUACGACAUCCCUGUUCUUCAGCAGCAUCCCCUGCUUUUGGAUUCAGCCAAUUCCAUCCAUGAAGGAUAUGAAGAAGAUGAAGAUGAAACACAUAAACAAAUUUCAUUUCCAUAUGAUACUGAGUUGCUCUGAGCUUUGGGAAAUAACAAAAAAAAAAAAAAAAAUAAAAGGAAGAGGAACACCAGAGUCAUCCUAGAAAGGAAAGAUAAAGACCAAGAACUCACACUUGGUGAUUUCUUGCGGUUGCUGGUGGACAAAUAAGGAUUUCUGUAAAAAAUGUUUCCUGUAUCACUGAUGCUCCCUGAUUAGAGCAACAGAAGGAAGACAGUGGGGCUGUUCAAGUGAAGAGGAUUCUCGUGCUACUGGUACUUAACCUGGGGAAGCAGAUGUUGCCAAUUCCCAUAGCAAGUACUGACAGCAGCCUGUCCCAUCAGGAUGCUUCAUUUUUACAAGGACAGAGAGCAGAAACUGUUUUGGCCUUUCUCAUUGUCACGUCCUCUGUGCUGAGCACUGGAGGGAGGAGAAGCUGUAAUUAAUACUUUGGUUUUACUAAGUACCCAGUAUGUCAACAAUUUUAAUAAUGCUGUUACUGUGGUGAUGAACUACUUUUAUUGUUUGUGAGACUUUUCAGUGCUAAAGAUCAUUAGAGAGUUAACGCAGCUGAACAAGGCUUGUUUGCUCUUCUGUCUUGGCUGGCUGCUAACUUCAUUUUGCCUCUCCACUUUUGUUUUAAGAUCCUUUUCAGAAUGAUGCCUGACUUCCCACCCUCUGCUUGUAUUGUUCUGCUCCUGGUCUCUGCUGUAGUUACACUGCACUUUGUUCUUUCUGUGUCUUUGUUUCUUCAUACACACUCCUUCCCUCCUGUACAGGUCCCUCUCUGCCAAACCUUUCCUCAGGCUUCUGCUUCUCCACUUCUGACAACUGCAUAUGAUUUAGGAGAGGAUUUCCAUCCUGAGAUAGGUUUUUACUAAUGCUUUCAAUUGCACUGUCCUUACCACAAGAGGUGCUGUCCUCCACUCCACGCCUCCUAACAACCCACAAACAGGCAACUAAGGCUGAGGCUGUUUCAGCUGCUUGGAAGAACUACAGUCAGCAGAGCUAGAUGAAGCUGUAACCACAUAAUUGGGAAUACAGAUAAUGCCCCCAGACCAGAGUUCUGCUGUCCUCACAGUACUCAGUAGUUUGCUCAUUCACUAAAAAGUGGAAAGUAAUACCUGACAAAACAGGAAGGGAGGGAUACCUGGCUCCUACCUCCCCUUCUUCAGCCCUCUUUGGGACUCACCACAGGAGGUGCGCGAGAGGAAAAGAAAAUCUAGACAGACAGGUGUCUUUCAGCUUUACAGUCCUGGGCUAUGGAGUAGAUCACAUCCCCUCAGUUCAUGCACCUGCAGAGGUCAUUUUCUUCUUUUGUCCUUUAGACUAUCCCAAUAUUUUUCUAUCCUCACUUUCAUGUUUUCCUUUACUGUCUUCCAACUGCAGAAAACAAAAGACCAUUAAUUCUGUCACCAUUUGAUAUUACAAACCCACCAGUGGAGGUAGUGGGAAGCAGUCAGCUCUCUAGAAUGGCAUUUCAGACCAGCAUAUAUUUGUUUUAAAAGGGAUGGAUGUUCUUUGUAGCAUUCCCAGUGAUGCAGCACAACUUCAGCAGUGCAUGCAUUAUUGUGAUUUCUCAUUGUCCAUUACUGGACAAGGGAAAAAAUCUGUUACCUCUAACAGUGCUAAGUGCUGCCGUACCACGUUCUAAGAGCUCCUCUCUGUAAAAUAAGACUCAGAGUUAGUACUUGAAAGCCAUACUUACGUGGUCCUUCCUCUUGUAUUAUUUCAACUUUCCUUAGUUUACAGUAGAGGCACUUAACACCCUUUUGUGCCAUAUAUUUAUAAAAACAUAUGCAGAAUGUACAGCAUGUGUAGCAGAAAAAAACCCUGUCAGGCAGGUGAUCCACACUACACUCACUGGUAAACCACAACAUCCAAAAAUAGAAUGAGAGUGUUCUGUUCAGGAAGGCAUAGCAGCAAGACUCACCUUCAAGAAUGCUGCUACUACCAGUUCACAGUUAAACUGCUACUUAUUGGAAGCCAGGCUUGGUGGAUUCUGUCACUAGCUGGAAGCUGGAAGCAUUAGCUGUUGUGAAAAUGGAGGAAAGCCUCAUCUUCGAUGGUUUGGGAGAAGAAUGGAAACCCCCCUAAACAGUUACCUUGUAGACUCACAAUUUAUCUUUGCCUGUGUGGCUCUGAUGAAAAUAAAGUAGUCAAAAUUAUUACAGAUCAGUCAAAAAAGGAUACUUGAAGAGCUGCCAGAGAUGUUUUUUGCAUGUUUUAAAGCAUGCACAUUUUUUUCUGUGUACUUUGUAGCUAGCUAAGAACUCCCGUCCAUGUGAUUUCAGGCCAAGAUGGAAAAUCAGAUUUAUCCUAGCUUAAACGCACAGUUUUUCUAGAUUUCCUCUCUUUAGCGAGGUGGUGAUCAUUAUCCUGCUGUAAGUACAUGAUACAUAUUUAAGGACAACAGCCCAGGCACUACAUUAAGAUAUUUUACCCAUGCAGUAGGGUAAAUAGAAAAGCCCACCCAAACCAGGCAAUUACAUUUUUCAGGCAUUGUAUUUUUUUUCCCUAGAUUAUUUAGAAUAGUACCAGGUCCACCUGCUCUCACAAGGGAAAAAAUCUACCACCAACCUAUGUUUUAUGUAGUUACGAAGUCCGACCGUUUGCCAGGUAUGGGUAAAUACCAGAGCAGGAAAUGACUAAGUAGAUCCAAGACAGAAGGGCAGCAAUGUACAAGAAAGAUGGCAGCUGCUUCUGUGGAUGGCUGAGAGUGACUGCAAAGAUCUGCCCUAAGCCCGUUCCAAUGUUGGCAGCAUUUGAUAAAGACACUCUCCCCCUUCACCCCCCCAAAACCGACUGCUGCCAUUUCAGCCUUUUGCCAGCUUGACUUGUACAGUGUUCCUAUGCUAAGGAGGUUACAUAGGUUUUACUGAAACAGGGUUGUUAAGUACUGUCCAGUGUUCAGCCAGAAACAGAAUCUGGAUGUUAAUAAUCCAUUGCCUUAACUGUUGUAAAUGCCUUUCUUCCUUAACAAAGGAUGAGUUACAUGUAUCUUCUGUUUCACCCUGUUACAAACCAGCUAGAACAUUGUAUUAUUUUUGUAUCCAUGGUACA